CAGUUAGCCCUGCAAAGAGCUUUCUUGUGGGAUAGCUUUGAGGAGGUGACCUCCGCCUGAGAUAUUCUUUUUCACAGUUUGCAGCUGAGUCCUCCUCAAUCUGUGUGAUAAUAACCCAUUUCAUUCUCUGCCUUUGUAAUUUGCACAGUCUAAGCGUUCAAUCGGCACGAAAUUUGGCCAAUUCUGUGAAUAAAUCGGCACUUUGUAAGCCCAAAUCGACCCAUUUGUUAAAACCCUCAUUUUUGUUGUCAAUUUCGAUUGGGAGCCCUUUUAUUAGGAUCUCACAAGGAAUCGAUGAUCUGACCUCUGGUAUAGAUCCGUAAAAUGAUUUGGGUCACAAAAAAAGCCCUUGUUGAAGCAGCUACCGCCGCCAACGUUUGAGAUCAAUUUCAGUAUUCAAACCUUCUGCUGCUUAUUAAGCUAUUGAUUUUCUCAUACUGCUAUUGGAGCUGGAAUGGACACCACAACAGUUGGAGAACCUGUUGAAAUGAAUACCACGAGGGGAGAUCCAUGGCAUACUCCAUCAAUAGAAUACAGCGCAAUUGGAGAAAAAUCUGUUUUAAUUGAGCCUUCACAAAUUACACGGUGUCAGAAACGCCUUUGCUAUGGAAAUCCAAGUCAGGGCGAAUUUCCCCUGGCAGCCAGUCCCUACAUUGUUCUACAUGUUCUUACUGAAUCUAAUCUAGAUCCACAAGAUCUUGCAAGUCUAGAGGCUUCAUGUCGGUUCUUCAGACAAUCUGCAAACUUUUCCCCUGACUUUGAUCUAUCUAUAUCUGAACUAGCAGCAUUAGACAUGUGUCAAAGAACAGCUAUAUUCAAGCCCAUGACACAAUCAGAGAGAGAACUCUUGAAAGAAAGGUGUGGAGGUUCUUGGAAGUUGGUAUUGAGGUUCUUGAGAGCUGGAGAAACAUGUUUCCGACGUGAAAAGUGUCAAGCCAUAGCUGGUCCUGGUCACAGUGUUGUGGUAACAAAGUCAGGUGCAGUGUAUACAUUUGGCUCCAACAGUUCUGGCCAGCUUGGCCAUGGAACAACAGAAGAAGAAUGGCGUCCAAGAUUGGUCAGGUCUCUUCAGGGGAUUCGAAUCAUUCAAGCAACAGCAGGAGCAGGCCGUACAAUGCUCAUCAGUGACGCAGGAAGAGUUUAUGCAUUUGGUAAAGACUCUUUUGGUGACACUGAGUAUGGGAUUGAGGGCUCUCGGUCUGCCACUACUCCACGACUGGUGGAAUCACUGGAUGGGAUUUUUGCUGUUCAAGCAGCCAUUGGUAAUUUUUUCACUGCUAUUCUUUCAAGAGAGGGUAGAGUAUAUACAUUCUCUUGGGGUGCUGAUGCAGCACUUGGCCAUCAAACUGAGCCACAAGAUCAGAGGCCACAUUUGCUGAAAGGUGAUCUAGAGAAUGUUCCUGUGGUACAAAUUGCAGCAGGCUAUUGUUAUUUGUUAGCUCUCACCUGCCAGCCUGGUGGCAUGUCAGUAUACUCUGUGGGCUGUGGCUUGGGAGGCAAGCUUGGACAUGGAUCUAGAACAGAUGAAAAGUAUCCACGGAAGAUUGAACAUUUUCAACAACUGAAGUUACAACCAGUCAUUGUGGCAGCAGGGGCAUGGCAUGCUGCUGUUGUGGGAAAGGAUGGAAGGGUAUGCACAUGGGGAUGGGGUCGAUAUGGUUGCUUGGGACAUGGGAAUGAAGAUUGUGAGUCUGUUCCUAAGGUUGUUGAAGCACUUCAAGGUGUCAAGGCGGUUCAUGUAACUACAGGUGAUUAUACAACAUUCGUGGUUGCUGAUAAUGGUGAUGUCUAUUCUUUUGGAUGUGGGGAAUCAUCGAGCCUUGGGCACUUGGGCACAGCAACUGAAGGCCAGGUUCACAGGCAUGCAAACUUGCUAAAGCCAGAAUUAGUGGUUUCAUUGAAGCAGAGGGGAGAAAGGGUUGUGCAGAUCAGUCUAACAAAUUCAAUAUUCUGGAAUGCUCACACAUUUGCCUUGACAGAGGCAGGUAAACUUUAUGCAUUUGGAGCUGGAGACAAAGGGCAGCUUGGGACAGAGCUUCUUGCAUAUCAAAGUGAAAGAGGAAACCCUGAGCUUGUUGAUAUAAACCUAGAUUAAAUGAAGUAUUCUCAUUUGGUUUGUGUCCCAAAAUUCAGUUGAAGCUUGAUGUUACCUUUAACUUCUUGUCUAACAUGUAUACUGUUUAUCCUUGCUUUCUCUGUUCAUCUAUGUAUAUAAGACUAACCGAAACUGGUGGUAACAACCUAACUUUCCUCCAACACUGCUAUGUAAUUUCUUGGACAGGUUUCUACCAUCAGAGAAUUUGUGUGUAGUACAUGGCACAAGGUGAUCCAUGAUAUUCUUCUUGAUGUGGACUGCAUUGUCUGGUUAAAGUUUAAAUGGAAAAUAUUGUCCCAGAUAAUACAAUUUGGUAACUUGUACAUCUCAUGAAAAGUUGGGAAGGAGGUCUGUUUACAGAGUACACCCAUGUAAUGUUUUUUAUGAUAGUAGGCAGUAUAUGACUCCAUUGUUUGGUAUUCUUUUA